AUUGGCUGGAUCGCGUUGAAUGACCCGGAGGGCGUUUUCGAAGCCACCAAGGUGGCUCAAUCCAUCAAACAGAGUCUUGACAUAACUCCUGACCCUUCCACUAUAAUUCAGGCCGCACUUCCUGCGAUCCUGGAGAAAGCGGAUAAAAGCUUCUUUGCAAAGAAGAACAAGAUACUCAAACAUAAUGUUGAUUUGGUGUGUGAUAGGCUCAAGGACAUCCCAUGUGUCUCCUGUCCCAAGAAACCUGAGUCUUGCACUUACUUAUUGACAAAGCUGGAGCUGUCAUUGAUGGAUAACAUCAAGGACGACACUGAUUUCUGCAUGAAGCUGGCCAGAGAGGAGAAUCUCUUGUUUCUUCCAGGAGAGGCUCUGGGUUUGAAGAACUGGAUGAGGAUAACCAUAGGAGUCGAAGCUCAUAUGCUUGAGGAUGCACUUGAGAGACUAAAGGGUUUCUGUACACGUCAUACCAAGAAGACAGAGACAGACACUGACUCACUUCAAGCUUUGAAACUGAGUGAUAAUAAUGUCGAAAUAUAAGACAUAUUCAAUGAAAUAAAACAUAAGAGGGUGUGUGUGGUCUAUGUCCCAAAACAAUAUUCUUAUGCUAUUUUCUUGAUAUCAACAUUUAUGCUACUCGUUUGUGCAGAUAAGCAAGUUCAGAUGUUAAA